AUGACUAACACUCCGCUAUACAGCAAUCACUCCGACUGCCGUAUCCCUCUCUUCAUCAUCUUCAUCAUCAAUCAGACUGAUAUGAACUAUCCCUUCCCUUAUCACGGCCAAGCAGCGAUGCGAGCCCAGCCUUACGCCCAGUAUCCUUAUCCUUAUCCUUAUCCCUAUCCGUACCCACAGUGGCCUCAGCAGUACCCUAUCCCAGGCACAUCCUCCAUAUCCGCUUCGAGUAGCUAUCUUGCUUCCCGAUGGCAUGCCGCAUUCUCGCCUAAUCUCAUCAUCCUGGUGAUCAUGGCCGGCGUAAUUGGGUGGUGGCAGUUUGGUAGCGCGUUUCUAGGAAACGAGAGAUCAAGAAAGGAAUACAUAACAGCUGGAGUUCAGGCAGGGGCUGUUCUGCUCCUCCUCAGUGUUGCCGUCAACACGCUGGGCGCCAGCUCGGCUAUCACUCAGUUGGAACUCAGCUAUCAACAUAUGUUGAUUGCUUUGCUUGUAUGUUCGUUGCUCUGGAAUUACGUCGCUUCCGUGGCCAAAGGCAAUGGCAAAGCUACCGACGGAGAAGAUGAUACCGCAAGCAAGGCCUCGAGCUCUAAAUCGUCCUCAAGUCGACCGUCAUCGUCAUCAUCAAGAUCCAGUUCAAGCGCGGCAAAAGAAUCGUCUAGAUCAUCGUCCCGACCAGAUACAUCUUCCAGUAGCUCCUCCAAGAGGCCAUCCUCCAGUUCCGCCGAUCCCCUCAAAGCUUCAAGCGCCUCCAGCGCCGAUCUCUCGAAAUCGUCAAGCUCGAGUUCGAGCAGAUCGAGCAAAUCGAAGGAUACUAGCAGCGAAUCCAAAGAAGAGGAGCGCGAUCCAUGGGAGAAAUCCCAUCCUUCGGCACAUCUCACUUCGGGCGAAACAGACCGCCCAAGGCUGUGGCCAUUCCCGAUCGGAUUCGACAAACCUCGCCCUUCGGGGCAGCAUAAGCUCUGGUGGGAGAGUGGCAUCCCCCACGUUGUGGGAACUAUCGACGGUGGAGCCAAGAGAUCGGGGGUGGAGACCAUUCCGACCCCUUCUUCCUCAGACUCGGCUGCAGGCGCAGAUAGCACCUCAAGCUCCGUCGGAAAGACGGGAUCGACCCUGUCGGGCAAAUCGAUCGAUGACCCUGGCCCUGUCCCGAGAGCACCCGGUAGUGAACCCACGGUAGGGGCUUCCACUCCGUCAGUGACCCGCCCGGAUGCUACGCUUGCAUCUGAUUCUGCGGAUGCUGCAAGAAGACGCGAGAAGUUGAAGGCGAGAUAUAUGCAAAUGAAGAAGGACCCGAACGCAGACCCGGAUGAGUUGCGCAAGCUCAAAAAAACGUUAUUGGAAAGUCCUUCAUCCUCAGCGGGUCUGGACAAGACCAGGAGCAUUCCGUCGAAUCCAGGCGACGCUAUCGAACCCGUGCAGGAAAAGGUUGAUCUGCUGAUGGCCCAAUAUAUGAAGCUCAAGGGAGAUCCCGAUUCUGAUCCUGUCGAAAUGAAGCGCUUGAAGGGCGAACUAGAGCAAUUGAAAGGAGCGAGCCAAGGGCAAGGCUCGUCGUCGAAAGGUUCACAGCAAGAUGCUGAUUCUCGACCGGCUCUCGGCAAUGAAAGCAAAUCCAAAGCCGGAGCUGUUGAUGUUCCGGUACCCGAAGAGGAUGGCAGUGAUGAGCGGCGGCAGCGUUUGAAAGCACUUUACCUCAAGAUGAAGGCCGAUCCCAAUGCCGAUCCCAAGAAGCUAGAGAAGCUGAAGGCUGAAAUACUCAGUUCCAGUUCGAAAGCGAAGGAACCGAAAUCUGUAGCGUUUGAUGUGAAGGAGGGACGAGGAGAUCCAGGAAACGGACCAUCUGCUCCGGUUUCGCAUGGAGCGAGCGGAUCAUCUGGAACCGCUUCCGCAUCAACUCCGCCUAACUUCAAGGGGUCUGAUCCUGCCGCCGAAGCUCUACUUCGUAAGAAGUUGCGCCAACUCAAGAUGGCCAUAGCAUGCGUGGCAGUCGCUAUUUUGAACUUGCCUGUAGGAAUACUGUGCGGCAUAGGGUUUGCAAUUUACAUGCUGGAGGAUAUGUUGGACCCUGGAUCCGACGCAUCGGAAAGCGUCAUUCCUCCCGCAUCGGGAGGAGAAGGUCCACCUAAAGCCGAGUCCACAUCGGCCUCUCGCUCCAGUGACAGCAAGAAAUCGUCAUCCUCCGGGUCUUCGUCUGCUUCGAGGCGAGUGCUCUCAGAAACCGAGAAAGCAUCGCUGCCUACAUCCACCGGAAAGAGCAAGGACAAGGACAACACGGAAAGGUUGCCCCCUGUGUCGAUGAUGUACAUGUCGACUCCGAAUCCCAAAACUCCCCAUGUGUGGAACGGUCCCGAUUUUCCGCUUGCAGUUCAAGGUACAUCGUCGGCGCUGGUCAGUUCAGUGUACACCCCAUGA